AUGAACGCCUCCGAUCCCGUCGACGUGGCCGAGAUCGCCAAAUCCAAGGCCGUCUCCCAGGUCGGCAUCAAUGAGAAGGAUGAGUUGAGCAUUGAGCAGGCUCCCAUGCAGGAGGGAACCUUUUACUCUCAGGAAGACAAGUCGGGGGACAGAGAGUACCCCAAUGAUGAGGAUCUCCGCAACCUGCGCCGAGUCGCUGGCAAGGUUCCCUGGCCUGCAUACACCGUUGCCUUUGUGGAACUGUGCGAGCGAUUCUCUUACUACGGCACUACUGCUGUUUUCGUCAACUUCAUUCAGCGCCCUCUGCCUGCUGGAUCUACCACUGGUGCCCUGGUCCCAGGCUCUGAUUUCAGCAAUGGUGUGCCCGGUGCCCUGGGUAUGGGUCAACAAGCCUCCACAGGAUUGACAUUGUUCAACUCGUUCUGGUCUUAUAUUAUGCCCCUGUUUGGUGCUAUGGUUGCUGAUCAGUACUGGGGUCGGUUCCGCACGAUCUUUGCGUCCAUUGGCUGUGCUUUGGUUGGCCAUACUAUCCUCGUCAUCUCGGCCAUUCCCCCAGUGAUCGCAAGCCCCAAUGGAUCGAUUGCAUGCUUCUCCAUUGGUUUGGUCAUCAUGGGAGUUGGUACCGGUGGUUUCAAGUCCAACAUUUCUCCUCUCAUUGCGGAACAAUACCGCGAAGAGAAGCCUUACAUCCAGACACUGCCCAGCGGUGAGCGUAUCAUCGUCGACCCGGCUGCCACAGUGGCCCGUAUCUACCUCUACUUCUACAUGAUGAUCAACAUCGGUUCGCUCGUUGGUCAAAUUUCGAUGGUCUACGCUGAACGUUACGUCGGCUUCUGGUUGUCUUACCUUUUGCCUACGGCCAUGUUCUGUCUCUGCCCCACAGUCCUGUUCCUUUGCCGGAAGAAGUACUACCUCGUGGAGCCCAGUGGAAGCGUUUACACCAAGGCUUUCAAGCUGUGGAAGCUGGGUAUGAAGGGCCGCUGGUCUCUCAACCCCAUGCGACUGUUCAAGAAGAGUGGUCCUAAUGACUUCUGGGUCAAUGUGAAGCCCAGCCAUCUCGGCGCCAGCAAGCCAGCCUGGAUGGACUUUGACGACGAGUGGGUGGAUGAAGUUCGCCGUGGACUGUUGGCAUGCAAGGUGUUCCUUUGGUACCCUCUUUACUGGCUGGCAUACAACCAGAUGCUUAACAACCUGACAUCUCAAGCUGCCACCAUGCGUCUGGGAGGUGUGCCUAACGACAUCAUCACCAACUUGAAUCCUUUCGCACUGAUCAUCUUCAUUCCGAUCUUCGAUAAGUUCGUGUACCCUGGUCUGCGCCGCAUGGGUUUCCACUUCACUCCUGUGAAGCGAAUCACUGCCGGUUUCAUCGCCGCCGGUCUGUCCAUGAUUGUGGCCACUGUCACUCAGUACUACGUCUACAAGAUGGGCCCCUGUGGCAAGGAAGCCAACUACUGUCUGGAGGUUGAGGGCAAAUACACCAACAUUUCCGUCUGGAUUCAGGCCCUAACCUACAUUCUCGGUGGUAUCUCCGAAAUCUUUGCCUCGGUUACCUCCCUGGAGUACGCUUUCACCAAGGCUCCCCGCAACAUGCGAUCCCUGGUGCAGGCAGUAGCUCUAUUGAUGAACGCCUUCUCCUCUGCCAUCGGUCAAGCCCUCGUUGGACUGUCCGUGGAUCCACUUUUGGUGUGGAACUACGCCAUAGUUGCGAUUCUGGCGUUCAUCGGUGCUGCCGGCUUCUGGCUGACCAACUACAAGACCGAUCAGGAGGAGGAUCGACUGAACAUGUUGCCCAACAGCAAAUUUGAAGGACGUCACGAGAGAGACGAGGAAGUCAAAUAG